CGAACCCUGGCUGCACGCCGUCGUGUGCAGAUCGCGCGCUCUCUCGCAUCUCUCGCAGUCUUCAAGUCGUCGGUCGUGGUGAAGUCGUCACGCGCUACGCAUAGCUAAGCAGCGCGCGUUGAGUUGCGCCCGUGAGCUGACAUCUCAGCGACUUCGGAAAGUGGAUUACGUCUGCUGCUGCACCACCUUUCAUUUCGUCGUGGCCAAGAAAAAUCGGAGCGGUAGUAACGAGAGCAGUAAUAGAUCAUCUGAUUGAACGCGAACGAGUGCGAUUUCUAGGUUUCGAGCAAAUUUAAAGGCGUCCGCCGAGAAGAUGUCUGCUAUCAGACAUCGACCUCUGGCACCACAGAAUGACAGCGACGACAACUUCUCGGACGAUGAGAGCACCCCGCUGACCCAGGACAUCUAUGGCGGAAGCCAGCGGACGGUGCAGGAAACCAAAGGAUGGGACGUGUUCCGGGACCCUCCGAUCAAGGAGGACACCGGCUCGAUGGCCGACCAGGCCUGCCUCGAGCUGACGAUCAAAAUCCUCAAGAUCAUCGCGUACCUGCUGACGUUCGUGAUCGUACUGGCGGGCGGCGUAAUCGCCAAGGGCUGUGUCCUGUUCAUGUCGUCCCAGCUGCGGCGGGAUCGCAAGAUCACCUACUGCAACCGGGAUAUUGCCCGUGACAAGCAGUUUGUGGUGGCCCUGCCCGAGGAGGAGCGGGUAGCGUGGAUGUGGGCGCUGAUGAUCGCGUUCGCGGUCCCAGAGAUCGGAGCGUUCAUCCGAUCCGCUCGGAUAUGUUUCUUCAAGUCGAUGAAGAUGCCGCUCAAGUCACAUUUUUUGCUGGUGUUUCUGAUGGAAUCGUUCCACACGAUCGGGUUGGUGCUGCUGUUCUUCGUGGUCCUCCCGGAAGUGGACUCGGUGAAAGGCGCCAUGCUGACCAACUGCCUCUGUGUGAUUCCGGGUAUGCUUGGUCUCUUCUCGCGAACCAACAAGGAAGGAAAGCGUGCCGUCAAAACGAUCGUUGAUUUGGCAGCGAUCGCGGCGCAAAUUACCGGCUUCGUCGUGUGGCCACUGCUGGAAAACAGGCCAGUCCUUUGGCUGAUUCCCGUGUCGGCCCUGCUGACGUCUUGCGGCUGGUGGGAGAACUACGUCUCACCGCAGAGUCCUUUCGGGUUCAUCCGAUCGAUGGGUCGCGUCAAGGAGGAUCUGAAGCAAACGCGCUACUUCACCUACAUGUUCCUGUCGGUGUGGAAGAUUUUGCUGUUCUUCUGCAUCGUCCUGGUAUCGAUGUUUGUCCGCGGAGACGAAGUCUCCAACCUGUUCUCGCUGUUUGGAGUCGGAUUCGGUCCGCACAAGAUCGUGGUUGAGGAAGUUGCCGUGGCGUUCAGCUCUGCCCUUCCAGAUCUCGUGGAAGCGUCUCAGGCUGGGGAUACUAUCGAUAUCGACGCCGCGUACAAUACAGUUACCUACGUGCUGAUCAUUCAGAUCCUCGGCGCUUACUUCUGUUACAUCUUCGGAAAGUUCGCCUGUAAGAUUCUGAUCCAAGGCUUCAGCUAUGCCUUCCCAGUGAACCUAACGAUCCCCGUCUCGAUCUCUCUGCUGAUCGCGGCAUGCGGUAUUCGUAACGACGAUCCGUGUUUCUUCCACGGGUCCAUACCGGACUAUCUGUUCUUCGAAAGUCCACCGGUGUUCCGGUUGAGUGAUUUCGCCAACCGACAGAUGGCUUGGGCAUGGUUGCUCUGGCUGCUGUCCCAAACCUGGAUUUCGCUGCACAUUUGGACGCCCAAGUGCGAACGUUUGGCCAACACCGAAAAGCUCUUUGUCACGCCCAUGUACAACGCCCUUCUGAUCGAUCAGUCAAUGGCGAUGAACCGGAGGCGUGACGAUCAAGCGGACGUCAAGACGGAAGAUCUGGCCGAGAUCGAGAAGGAAAAGGGCGACGAGUACUACGAAACGAUCUCGGUGCACACGGACGGGUCGGCACUGCCGCGGCCCAGCGUCAAGUCUUCCGAUCACAUCACGAGAAUCUACGCGUGCGCCACCCUGUGGCACGAGACUAAGGAGGAGAUGAUGGUGUUCCUGAAGUCGAUCAUGCGAAUGGACGAAGAUCAGUGCGCCCGUCGAGUGGCCCAGAAGUAUCUGCGCAUUGUCGAUCCGGAUUACUACGAGUUUGAGACCCACAUCUUCUUCGAUGACGCGUUCGAAAUCUCCGACCACAGCGACGACGACAUCCAGUGCAACCGGUUCGUCAAGAUCCUGAUUGACACGAUCGACGAGGCUGCCUCGGAGGUGCACCAGACCAACAUCCGGCUGCGCCCGCCGAAGAAGUACCCAACGCCGUACGGUGGCCGACUGGUGUGGACCCUGCCUGGCAAAACGAAGCUGAUUUCGCAUCUUAAGGACAAGGAUCGCAUCCGGCAUCGUAAGCGUUGGUCACAGGUUAUGUACAUGUACUACCUUCUGGGGCACCGGCUGAUGGAGCUGCCGAUUUCGGUUGACCGUAAGGACGUGAUGGCGGAGAACACCUACCUGCUGACGCUGGACGGAGAUAUCGACUUUAACCCGAGCGCGGUAACGCUGCUGGUGGAUUUGAUGAAGAAGAACAAGAACCUGGGUGCCGCGUGCGGUCGUAUUCACCCGAUCGGGUCCGGUCCGAUGGUGUGGUACCAGAAGUUCGAGUACGCCAUCGGUCAUUGGCUGCAGAAGGCGACCGAGCAUAUGAUUGGAUGUGUACUUUGUAGCCCCGGAUGCUUCUCGCUGUUCAGAGGUAAGGGUCUGAUGGACGACAACGUAAUGCGCAAGUACACGACCCGUUCGGAUGAGGCCCGUCACUACGUGCAGUACGAUCAGGGCGAGGAUCGUUGGUUGUGUACGCUGCUGCUGCAACGAGGAUACCGUGUCGAGUACUCGGCUGCGUCCGAUGCGUACACUCACUGUCCGGAAGGGUUCAACGAGUUCUACAACCAGCGUCGUCGCUGGGUUCCGUCCACCAUUGCCAACAUUAUGGAUCUGCUGAUGGACUACAAGCGCACGAUCAAGAUCAACGACAACAUUUCGCUGCUGUACAUUUUCUACCAGAUGAUGUUGAUGGGUGGUACCAUCCUCGGCCCCGGAACGAUCUUCCUUAUGUUGGUGGGAGCUUUCGUCGCCGCGUUCAAGAUUGACAACUGGACCUCGUUCUACUACAAUAUUAUUCCGAUCUUGCUCUUUAUGUUGGUCUGCUUCACGUGCAAAUCGAACAUACAACUCUUGCUGGCACAGAUAUUAUCAACCGUGUACGCACUGAUCAUGAUGGCAGUUAUCGUCGGUACCGCGUUGCAGCUGGGCGAGGACGGAAUCGGCAGUCCUUCGGCCAUCUUCUUGAUAGCAAUGACAGGGUCAUUCUUUAUAGCAGCCUGUCUCCAUCCGCAAGAGUUUUGGUGUAUCGCGUCCGGCUUGAUCUACCUGCUGUCCAUCCCAUCUAUGUACUUGCUGUUGAUCCUGUACUCGAUCAUCAACCUGAACGUCGUCUCCUGGGGAACUCGCGAGGUUGUCGCGAAGAAGACCAAAAAGGAAAUGGAACAGGAGAAAAAGGAAGCCGAAGAAGCGUCUAAACGAGUCAAGCAAAAGUCUCUGCUCGGAUUCCUGCAAGGAGGAGCCGGCUCAAACGCCGACGAAGAAGGCUCGAUCGAGGUAUCCAUCGCCGGCCUGUUCCGCUGUCUCCUCUGCACUCAUGGCAAGACCUCCGACGAAAAGACCCAGCUGUUGCACAUCGGAGAAGCCCUGGACGCCAUCCAAAAGAAGAUGGACAACCUGGAGAAGCACAUCGAUCCGCACGGACAUCACACCCGCAAACGUACUGCCUCGGCCGGCUCCAAGGAUCACCACCUGGGAUCCGUGGCGGAAGAUACGGAGGAUGAAGACGUCGAGUCGGACUCGGAGACCUCGACGCUGCAACGCAACGAACGUGACUUCCUGACGAACCCCUACUGGAUCGAGGACCCGGACCUGCGGAAGGGCGAAGUGGACUUCAUCUCCAGCACCGAGAUCCAGUUCUGGAAGGACCUGAUCGACCAAUAUCUGUACCCGAUCGACCAAAACAAGGAAGAACAGGCACGUAUCGCCCACGAUCUGAAAGAGCUGCGUGAUUCGUCCGUGUUCGGAUUCAUCAUGAUCAACGCUCUCUUCGUACUGAUCGUGUUCUUGCUUCAGCUGAACAAGGACAACAUCCACGUCAAGUGGCCACUGGGCGUCAAAACAAACAUUACCUACGACGAAGCCACGCAAGAGGUUCACAUCUCCAAGGAGUACCUGCAGCUGGAGCCGAUCGGUCUCGUGUUUGUGUUCUUCUUCGCGCUCAUCCUGGUGAUCCAGUUCACGGCCAUGAUGGGCCAUCGGUUCGGCACGCUGUCCCACAUCCUGGCCUCGACCGAGCUCAACUGGGGCUGCAACAAGAAGCCCGAGGAGCUCUCGCAGGAUGCUCUAAUAGAUAAGCACGCGGUGGAGAUCGUCAAAAAUCUCCAGAGGUUGCAGGGCAUCGACGGCGACUACGACAACGACUCGGGCAGCGGCCCGGACCGGAUCGCCCGCCGGCGCACCAUCCAGAACUUGGAGAAGGCACGCCAACCGCGGCGCCAGAUCGGCACGCUGGACGUGGCCUUCAAGAAGCGCUUCCUGAAGCUGACGGCGGACGAGAACAACAGCGGCACGCCCAUCUUGACGCGCCGCAUGACCAUGCGCCGGGAGACGAUCCGGGCGCUGGAGGUGCGCAAGAACUCGGUGAUGGCCGAACGGCGCAAGUCCCAGAUGCAGACGCUGGGCGCGAACAACGAGUACGGCAUCACCGGCGUGGUGAACAAUACCAACAACAACGUGCCACCACGGCCGGUGCGGAUUUCGAACGCCGGCGUGAGCGUGAAGGACAUCUUCAACGUGAACGGCGGUCCCGGCGGUGGCGGGGACAUUUACGGCGUGACCGGCCAGCUCAACCAGGCGUACGAACCGGUCAUCGAGGAUGACGACCGCAACUCGCUGCGGCUGCAGCCGCGCAACCAGGUCACCUGGAGCAACAGCAACGGGCGGCUGUGACAAAACCGGGCCACCUCCCUAACCAGCAUCGGGGCCACGACGAACCACGUGAUCCUGGACGACGACGAGUCGGAAUGUGUGACGCUUAGCGAUUAGGCACCAAGUGAUGGAAUCAAUCCAGACGUUAAUUUAUAGCAUAAUUCAAACACACACAGACAGAGAUUCUACCCAACUCGAUCGAGUGAAAAGCAAUCCAAUAACUGCCGAUAUUAAGUACUACUGCCUACUACUCUUUUUUAUUGUGAAACUCUAAGAUUAAGAGCAAUGUCAACUGAAAACUGCCCUCCCCUAAACUGAUAUACUCAUCGUCGCAAUCAGCAAAACAAAUCGAAGAUUCAAUACUCAAUAGAUCAUAAAACGCACUAACGUAGCAUUAAGCACGAGGAAAAUCAACGCACAAAAUCAAAUAACCAGAAAAAAAAUUAAUUUCCUGUUUCGAAUCGAAAAAACACUAAACAAAACAGAGUUCAAAAUUGUAAACUUAAAAGAAAAACAUUGAUUUCGAGUCGCCUAUUGCAUAUUUAUUUGCUAGAGAAUAAAAUCAAUUUUAGGCCCCACCUCUCCCCCCCUCUCCCAAGCAGGCGCAAUCGAUCGUCACAAAAAUUUUAUUGUAAAUAUGCUUCGUUCUCUGUAUGAUUUUACCUCCUGUGUUUGCGUACUGUUAGUUACUCGAUUUAUUCUUUUUUCCAAGCUACUCGUUAGAUCAAUUAUGUUUUGCGAUAAGAAGAAGACGAAGAAGAAUGAUGAUGAAGAAGCCGUCCAAUUUCUUCCAAUGUAAAUCUUAGUACGAUAUACAAACUGAUGGAAUAAACUUGAUAGACUUAUUUUACAUUUUUACAUUUA